GAGAGAAAUAAAUAAAAUAAAUAAAAAUAAAAAAAAAUAAAUAAAAGAAAAGACGGAGAGAGCAGUCGGUCUUCAUCUCUCUCCGUCUCCACUCCCCGGCGACGUCCAUCCCUCAUCGAACACCGCCCCCCUGUUCUCCCCCCACCCCCCCGGCCGCGCCCGGGAGCUUCGACUGCGCUGCCACGGCUCCGCUUCCAGCUUCAGGGGCUACUAGACAAUAAGAAAACAAAUAGAACAGAGAGAGCGGACCUAUACGCAUUACACAACUCAAUUUGCAGGCUUGCAGCAGAAAGUGUCGAGUUUCGCAGUGAGAAAGGGAGAGACAGGGAACGAAUAAAUCCUUUCUCCAUCUUUCACAUACCUGUCAACUGAGCAGUUCUUUACACUCUCCAUCUUUAUCAGCAGGAGUUUCAUUCCCUUGCCCGGCAAUAUGCAUAAAUUGGGCAGAGGCAACCGCGACAAAGUUCAGCAGUUCAUGGUGAUAACUGGAGCCAGUGAAAAAGCUGCUCUUCAGGCUUUGAAGGCCAGUGACUGGCAUCUUGAAGGUGCAUUUGAUGUAUUCUACAGUCAGCCUCAGAUAAGAACAUCCACUGAUACUAGACAUCAAGAGGAGCUUUACAAGAGAUACAAAGAUCCAUAUGCAGAUAUGAUAUUUGUUGAUGGCAUUACUCUUCUCUGCAAUGAUCUUCAGGUGGAUCCCCAGGACAUAGUAAUGCUGGUCCUGUCAUGGCAUAUGAAGGCAGCUACAAUGUGCGAAUAUUCAAAACAGGAGUUCAUUGGUGGGCUUCAAGCGCUUGGGAUAGAUUCUUCGGAGAAAUUCCGUGAAAGGAUACAAUAUAUGCGCUCCGAGUUGAAAGAUGAACAAAAAUUCCGUGAAAUAUACAAUUUUGCUUUUGGCUGGGCAAAGGAAAAGGGUCAGAAAUCAUUGGCUCUGGAUACAGCUAUUGGAAUGUGGCAAUUACUGUUUGCAGAAAAGCCCUGGCCACUGGUUGAUCAUUGGUGCCAAUUCUUACAGGCUCGUCAUAACAAGGCGAUCUCCAGAGACACAUGGUCUCAACUAUUGGAGUUUGCAAGGAUGGUGGAUCCGAAACUGUCAAAUUAUGAUGCAGAAGGUGCCUGGCCAUAUCUUAUUGAUGAGUUCGUGGAGUAUUUGCAUGAAAUCGGCAUCAUCCAGAAGAGUGGAGAAGACGGUGUCUCCACCCAAAAGUGGUAGUUGCAUUCGUAUUGUAUCUGGUGUCGAUGAUUUGAGACCUGGUUCCAAAAAUUUGAUGCGAUUACAGUUUUAAUUGGAUGGGCUGACUGUAAAAUAACUGGGAGUGUAGUUCAGGAUUUCAGUUCCAUGCCCGGAUUAGAGACAUGGCAUUCAGUUUUAUAAUUGCGAAUGUUGAAAGGAAUACUGUUGAUUUGGUGUACUGUGAAAUUUUCUUCGACUCGUAGCUUUGGAUUGCCUUGGGUGUUACCGUUGUCAUGACGAGUGCUUGUAAGCCUUAAAAGUUAGAAAUUUGGGAAUGUUCAGUUGCA